UCGCAAGCUCGCCGCUGGCUGUCGCAGACUUUAUCUCGAACUCUUCCCGCCGAUAAGCUGUUAAGCGAUCUGCUAGGAGAUGGCGAAAUACUCCUCGAGCUCGCCUGUUUGAUGCAGCAGCUGCUUGCGCCCGACGUGCCCCCCUCCGCCAGCGUCCCCCUGACGGCGGACUUUGACUCCUCCCCGCCUGCAACUCCCCCCGCGCCUGCUCCCGCAGCUGCCACUGCUGAUAGCGGUGGUGGUUCCGCUGCCGCUGCUGCUGCUGAUGGUGCUGGGAGUAGUGCUGCUGCUAACGGUGUAAUUGGUGGUAGUGCUGGGGUUAGUGCUGGUGGUGCAGCGGCUGGUGGUGACGUCAGCAGCAGCAGUGCAAACGGCAGCUGUUCCAGCGAGGACAGCAGCGGGCGGGUCGGGCUUUAA